AUGCUUGGAGUAAUCAUAAGUUUCAGCUAUGUCAUGUCUCUCGAUUUCUCCUUGAUUUCUUCUUCCUCCGGCUUCAAGUCGCCGGAUCUUCCAGAUUCCGAUUCACUUGAAUUUCCUCCUCCUAAAACACACGCUUCACGGUUUUCUGAUUCCGUGUUUCAGGGAGAGGCAUAUGAUUGGUGUAAAUUAAGGAUUUCCGGCGAUUUGGUGGGCGUGUGGAGAAAUUUCCGAGUAUAG